UUUAGCACUUGUUGUUCAAUCAGGGAAGACCGGCGAUGGUUCAAUUGUUUAAAUUUCUCUUAAAAUCUACUAAGACGCCUGCUCGUGCCCAUUUCCGUCCCAGCUUCUUGGAUACUCUGCGUCUGACAGUACGCGGUGGACAUGGUGGUAAUGGAUUACCUAAAUAUGGAGGCGUUGGUGGUCAGGGCGGUUGUGUCUACUUUGUGGCCAAGGAAGGACUAAGCCUGCGUAAAGUAGCCCAGGGACUUAAGGAUAAACGCAUUAGCGCUUCAAGUGGUGAAGACAGCAGCAAAGUUAGCAUUUUUGGGAAACGAGGCCAAGACCAACGGAUCGAGGUUCCCGUUGGUGUUCAGGUGUACGAUGAGCAACAGCGCAAAUUGAUUGCUGAUCUAAAUGAACACGAUGCCACAUGUAUGGUGGCGGCAGGUGGCACUGCUGGAUGUGUGGGUAACAAUUUUCUUGGUCGACCUGGCGACAAUCGCACAGUGAGCUUGGAUCUUAAACUAAUAGCCGAUGUCGGUCUGGUGGGAUUUCCCAAUGCCGGCAAAAGUACACUGUUAAAGGGCAUUAGCAAUGCCAAACCAAAAAUUGCAGCAUAUCCUUUUACCACAAUUAGACCCCAAGUUGGUACCAUUGACUACAGUGAUUUACGUUCUAUAAGUAUAGCCGAUUUGCCUGGAUUAAUUGAAGGAGCACAUGCCAAUUUCGGCAUGGGUCACAAGUUUCUAAAGCACAUUGAACGCACACGCCUAUUACUCUUUAUGGUCGACAUAUUUGGGUUCCAGCUGAGUCCCAGGCAUCCACAUAGAGAUUGUUUAACCAAUAUCUAUUCACUCAAUAAGGAGCUGGAACUAUAUGAUCCAUCACUACUAGAUAAGCCCUGUGUGCUUUUGCUAAACAAAAUUGAUAAAGAAGGCUCUGAGGAUUUACUAAAAGAAUUGAAACCGCGGCUUCAGGAUUUGUCAGAAGGCUUAGCCGCUUGUCCGGAAGAAGUUCGCCCUCAAAGAGUACUUAAAUUUGAACGAAUUCUUCCCAUAUCGGCCAAAAAUUCGGAUAAAAUGGCCCUUGUUAAGAAACAAUUGCGGCAAACCUUGGAUAAAUUGGCCGAAAAGGAUGUGUUGGCAAAUCCAGAACAGAUUAAAAUGCAACUACAACAGCGUGUAGGUGUAAGGGGGCCCAGAAUAACAUAAUGUCGUGAUAAUUGUUGUUUGUAUAAAAUGUUUUAAAAUUAAAUAUUAUUAAAAUGUA